AAUGUCUACUACAUACUUGCUGGUUUUACUACUUGGAGUGGUGGCUCUCGCCACUCCUUCUUUUGGUACCUACGAAUCACCCAACUAUGGCAAAUCACCUCCAACUUAUCAACAUAAGCCCCCUGUCUAUGAACCACCAAAGAAAGAGAAACCAGAGCCUAAGCCGCCUGUCUAUGAACCUCCAAAGAAAGAGAAGCCUGAACCCAAACCACCGGUCUAUGAACCACCAAAGAAAGAGAAACCUGAGCCUAAACCACCGGUCUAUGAGCCCCCAAAGAAGGAGAAACCCGAGCAUAAGCCACCGGUCUAUGAACCACCAAAGAAGGAGAAACCCGAGCAUAAGCCACUAGUCUAUGAACCACCAAAGAAGGAG